UCCCAAGAUCCAACUGCAACAAGGUGUAUCCGCGGGCACAGACAGGGACACCGGAUGGCUCUGCUGACAGUCAUGCUGUAGAGCUUCAAAACAAGCGCAUCUCUCGCCACUGACACACAGACCCCAGAGUGGUGCUGGAGGCAAGGAGGAUUUAAGGAGCAGAUUUUUACAGUUUUGGCUUGGACUGGUGAUCCAGCAGCUCUACUAUGGAUUUAAAUGACAGCACGUCUCUGGCUGAGCUGAUGAGCCGGUAUGUGUCUACAGAAACAGGAUUUGGUGUCCCCAAAGACGGCUGGCGGAUAUGUCUGGCACACGAGUUCAAAGAGAAGCGGAAACCAUUUCAAGCCAGAGAUGUCUCAUUGCCCAACAUGAUCGAGCAUAUUUCUUUAGGGGUCAGGUAUCUGAGAUGGUGGUACGGAAAGACCCAGGUUGAGAAGAAGGCUCCUUUUAUUGAUAUGUUUGGGGCUUUACCACUAAGACAGAUUUAUGGUGCUCCUCUUGGUGGCAUUGGCGGAGGCAGUAUCACGCGUGGAUGGAGGGGCGAUUUCUGCCGGUGGCAACUGAAUCCUGGAAUGUACCACUACAAAUCUGUUAUUGCUAACCAGUUUACAGUGUGUCUGCGUAGGGGGGGUCAGACAAUAUAUCAGCAGGUGCUGUCUAUGGAGCGACCCCCGACUCUCCAGGGUUGGAACUGGGGUUAUUGUGGUGAAUACGCCUUUUACCAUGCUCUGUACCCACGAGCCUGGACCGUCUACCACCUGCCUGGCCAGAAUGUCACUCUCACCUGUAGGCAGGUGUCACCUGUCAUUCCUCAUGACUACAAGGACUCCAGUCUUCCAGUGGCUGUGUUUGUGUGGGACAUUGAGAAUAAGAAUGAUUAUGCACUUGAUGUUUCCAUCAUGUUCACGAUGGUUAAUGGGACGGGCCAUAAAGACGAUAAGAGUGGGGGCCACUGGAAUGAACCAUUUCACCUUGAAAAAGACGGAGAAUCUGUGUCUGGGGUGUUACUACAUCACCAGACACCUGUCAACCCUUACACUCUGUGCAUAGCUGCAAGAGAAAAGUCUGGCCAAGAGAUCAGUCACCAGACGGCGUUCAGCCCGAAGGGAACCUGUAGUGCUCUGUGGAGUGACCUCAUGACUGAUGGACGACUCGACUCGCCUAAGGACUCCAGCCCACCCACAGAGAAAGGGGAGGAAGUGGCGGCAGCUCUGGCUGUGAGCUGCUCGGUGCCUGCUAACAGUCACAACAGUGUGGAGUUCAGUUUGGCCUGGGAUAUGCCUAAAAUCACAUUUGGUUCCAGAGAGAGAAUAUAUGUCAGGAGAUACACACGUUAUUAUGGCACAAAAGGAGAUGCUGCCCCGUCUCUGUCUCACUACGCGCUCACACACUACAGUAAAUGGGAGGAGAGCAUUGAUGAGUGGCAGAGGCCGAUUCUACAGGACGGGUCUCUUCCGGCUUGGUAUAAGUCCGCUCUGUUUAAUGAGCUGUACUUCGUUGUGGAUGGUGGAACUGUGUGGGUGGAGCUUCCAGAGGACGCUGACAUCAGUGGUGGGCUUCGUUCUGAGGAUGGAGGGCUUCCAGCCCAGCCUGAAGUUCUCAAGGAGUAUGGCCGAUUCGCUUACCUAGAGGGUCAGGAGUACAGGAUGUAUAACACAUAUGAUGUACACUUCUAUGCUUCAUUCGCUCUCAUCAUGCUCUGGCCCAAGCUGGCUCUGAGUGUGCAGUAUGAUAUUGCUGGUAGUGUGGUUCAGCAUGACCCUACAGAGAGGUUAAAUCUAAUGAAUGGCCAGUGCUCACCAGUCAAGACCCGGGGAGUUGUACCUCAUGACCUCGGAGACCCUGAUGAUGAGCCAUGGGUUCGUGCCAAUGCAUACAUGAUCCAUGAUACAGCUGACUGGAAGGAUCUGAACUUGAAGUUUGUGCUGCAGGUGUACCGAGACUAUUACCUGACACAGGAUGAGCAGUAUCUGAAGGACAUGUGGCCCAUAUGCCAGACCGUUAUGGAAGCGGAGUUGAAAUUUGAUAAGGAUGGUGAUGGGCUGAUAGAAAAUUCUGGAUAUGCAGACCAGACUUAUGAUGGAUGGAAGGUGACAGGACCCAGUGCUUACUGUGGUGGUCUGUGGCUGGCGUCAGUGUGCAUGAUGUGUAAAAUGGCACGUGUGCUGAACUGCGAGUCUGUUUAUCAACGCUACACAGAUAUUUUGGAGAGAGGAAGAGCAGCCUUUGACAAACUCCUGUGGAAUGGCAAAUACUACAACUACGACAGCAGUGGACGGAGCCUGUCUAACAGUGUAAUGUCGGACCAGUGUGCAGGCCAGUGGUUUCUCAGGGCAUCUGGACUUGGAGAAGAUGACUACCAGGCUUUUCCCAAGGAGAAAAUCUGUAGUGCACUGAAGUCUGUGUUUGACCUCAACGUUAUGAGCUUUGCAGGUGGGCAGAUGGGUGCGGUGAAUGGGAUGAGGCCAGAGGGUGUGCCUGACCACUCCAGUGUCCAAUCAGAUGAGGUGUGGGUGGGAGUAGUGUACGGAUUAGCAGCUACAAUGAUACAUGAGGGCAUGAUAGAAGAGGGAAUGCACACUGCGGAAGGCUGUUACCGUGCUGUAUGGGAACGAAUGGGAAUGGCCUUUCAGACUCCUGAAGCAUACUGUGAGAAAGGCAUUUACCGCUCUCUCGCUUAUAUGAGGCCUCUGAGCAUCUGGGCAAUGCAGCUUGCACUAAACAAUCGACCAAACCACAACAAAACCACUGAUAAAGAUGUGGGACAGGGCUGAGCCGGAGCCCCAUAUAAAUAUGCUGAAGGAAACUGUCGAGCCUCCAUUAUGAAGUGACCUCUUAAUCCUUGUUUUAAAAGACUGCAAAAGGAUUUUGGAUACAAUGUCAUCGUGGGCUGUUGGUUCACACAGAACCUUAAUUUCCAAUUAUUUUGUAAAAUUGGCAUUUCCUCUUAAAAUAUGCUUAAGCUUUUCCACCGUCCUUCUACGAAGCAGCUGUAAAUCAUAGUUUUACAAAUGGGAGUGUAAAGGCUUGGUUUCAGUGAGCUGACAGACUGUUCAUUAUGAUAUUGGGAGUAGGGUCAUUGAUCUUUGGGAAUCAAGUAGUUAGAGCAUGAUUCUAUAUCAUUUUCACUGUAUAUUUAUAUUAUGGGAAUGGCCUAGUGAGUACUUGAAGAAAGAACUACUGGUUCUCUCUCUCCCUCUUUUUUUUUUUUUUUUUUUUUAGAAAUAUUUGUCCUUGUUUGUGUCAUAAAGCAUCUAUCUGAGGCUUUGACAAGUCAGUACUGUACACUAUUAUACAGGAUUGUAAUAGAUAAACGUAUAAUUAAGUAAAUUGGAAUGAAUGUAUACUGCCAUCAGAUUCUUUUUUUCUUUUGUAGGUGUAGAAACAUCCUAGGCUCAUAAGUCUUAAGACUGUGUCCAAGGGGUGCUAUUCAUUAUUCGGCCAACUAACUUGUGAAAUCUUGUAGGAUUGGUCAAAUUUUUCAUUUUCAAAUUAUGAUUGGGAUCAAAAAUGUGAUGCCUAGACUGGGAACCAAAGCUAUAAUUCUUAGAGUACACCCUAUUUAAUGAUUCCUAGGGUGCAUCUAGCAGCAAUAUAUGAAGUAUAAACACCUAUAAUAAGUUCAGAUAUCCACAAGUAAAUUGUGGAUCACUUCAGUAGAAAAAAAAACACCAUGGAAUCCAUCACUAUCAUGACAUAAUCAUGCUUUCAUGACACCAGUGUAGAAAAGCAUUAUUGGUUUUACUGGUGUUUUGGGCAUCAGUCACUAGAGGUCUAUCUUGAGCUUUUCAGUCUGUUUCCAUCAGUUUCCACAGAUCUCUGUAGUGUGCUUCAAUAGUCUUGAGUGCUUCAUCUCUCUGGAGUGCUAGACAGGCAUCUAAAGUGCACACGUUUUUUUUUAUUUUUUGGUGAGCUGGGCCAUACAGAGCUAAGUCUUAUUUUAAACACUCUUGUUAAAAAUAUAUGAGAGUGCUGAUAUUUAAUUGAAGGCCUUCCCAGACUGUGCAAGGUCUUGUAGCACAGCUAGUCAGAAAGUGGCAGAGCAACUAUCACAACUGUCGCACAACAAAAAUCAUGAAACGAUACAUCGGCAAUAUUAAAAAAACAUCUUUUAGUUUCUGCAUUUACUAUAAUAGGUGGAUUUACAACUAACACAAAUUUGGUCUAAGAAUGUUUUGCUAAUGUUCCCAUUAAGUUAUGAAAUUGUUUGUUAAAUGUUAUAAUUCUGCAAAUUUUAUGUUGCCUUUUAAUGUUCUCUGAACAUUCUGAAAGAA